CUCAGGCCGAGGGCUUCACAGUGGAGGCUGGUGCGCCGCCCGGCGCUCUCCCUCCAUACUCAGUGCUCAGUAAUGGCCCGGGGGCGGGGCGCAGCCCUCCCCCGUUUUCAGAGGUAGCAGAGAUCCUCACCCAGGAGGUGUCAGCCCAGGCCCAGCCUCCCCAGAGACAGCACCCCGGAGCCACAUCUCUCUCCUCACUCUGCUUGGACCCUGCACAGGAACCCUGGAAGCCUGGCUGUGUGGGUUGGGGUAUGGCUGAGAUGACCCUGCAGGGACAUAGGACAGAGAGGUCCAGUGUCCCCAGAGACCAUUCCUCCUCUGCUGCCUCCAGCUGAUAAACCUCUUAUCUGGCACGAGCAGGGGAGCCCAGAGCCAGGAUAGGAGGAGAAGGCAGGGCUGCUAUCAGCCACCAGGCCUGGGCCAUAUCUCGGAGAAGGGGAGGGGCUGUCUGCUUGGCUCUUCCCACAACACACUCCUUGGGGAUCCCCAAGCACUUACUCUCAUCUUGAGAACAUGAGACAGAGGAGGAGGAAAACUGAGGACAGAGGAGGAAAGCCAGAGUGAUCCCUGAUGUUGCCCCAGAACAAGGGAAAAAAACCAAAGCAAAACAAACCAGAAGAUGUGACUUCUGCCCUGCCCAGCGAUACGGUUUUGGGGGAGUAAGAAGUAGGAGGAAGAGAAGGAGGCGUCUUGUCUGAAAAAGAAGGUGAAGCCCUACUGUGCUCCCAAAGGAACCGACUACAGCCACAGCAGGUUGCAGGGGCCUUUUGGGCUUUGGGGACCCUGGACCAGGCCCUGGCCCAGUAGGAUGCCCCCGUGUCCUCCCCAGCAGAGCAGGAACAGGGUGACACAGUUGCCCACUCUGGAGCUGGGCGAGAUGGAACUGACCUGGCAAGAGAUCAUGUCCAUCACUGAGCUGCAGGGACUAAAUGCUCCAAGUGAGACGUCGUUUGAGCCCCCUGCCCAGGCCCCAUACCCUGGACCCCCACCGCCCCCAACUUACUGCCCCUGCUCAAUCCACCCAGAUGCUAGCUUCUCCCUUCCUCCACCACCCUAUGAGCUCCCAGCACCCACAUCUCAUGUCCCAGACCCCUCAUACUCCUAUGGCAACAUGGCCAUACCAGUCUCCAAGCCACUGACUCUCUCCGGUCUGCUCAGUGAGCCCCUCUCAGAUCCUUUGGCUCUCCUGGACAUUGGGCUGCCAGGGGGGCCCCCCAAGCCUCAAGAAGACCCAGAAUCUGACUCAGGAUUAUCCCUCAACUAUAGCGAUGCUGAAUCUCUUGAGCUGGAGGGGACAGAGGCUGGCCGACGGCGCGGCGAGUAUGUAGAGAUGUACCCGGUGGAGUACCCCUACUCACUUAUGCCCAAUUCCUUAGCCCACCCCAACUAUGCCUUGCCACCUGCAGAGACCCCCUUAGCCUUAGAACCCUCCUCAGGCCCUGUGCGGGCCAAGUCCACUGCACGGGGGGAGGCGGGGAGUCGGGAUGAGCGACGGGCCCUGGCCAUGAAGAUUCCCUUCCCGACGGACAAGAUUGUCAACUUGCCGGUAGAUGACUUUAAUGAGCUGUUGGCGCGGUACCCACUGACGGAGAGCCAGCUGGCAUUGGUCCGGGACAUCCGACGGCGGGGUAAGAACAAGGUGGCCGCCCAGAACUGUCGCAAGAGAAAGUUGGAGACCAUCGUGCAGUUGGAGCGGGAACUGGAGAGGCUGGGCAGCGAGCGGGAGCGGCUCCUCCGGGCCAGAGGGGAGGCCGACCGGACCCUGGAGGUCAUGCGCCAACAGCUGACAGAGCUGUACUGUGACAUUUUCCAGCACCUGCGGGAUGAAGCCGGCAACAGCUACUCCCCUGAAGAGUAUGCUUUGCAACAGGCCGCUGAUGGGGCCAUCUUCCUGGUGCCCCGGGGGACCAAGAUGGAGGCCACAGACUGAGCUGGCCGAAGGGGUGGGACUGUGAUGGAGAUUUCCUUUAGUCCCUUCCGAUCAAGGUACUCCCCAACCCUGAGGCCCAGAAGGAACUGGGUUCUCUAGACCAGAAGGGGACAGUGGGAAACCUGGCGUUUGGAGGGUCCACAGCGUGUUCAGGAAGGCUUGCCUUGAGACAAGCACGUGAGGGGAGGGUUGGAAUCUCUUUGCAGUGAUUCAGCUUCCCGGGGCUCCAACCUCCUCCUCUUGUUUGAGCUUUGAUAUAUAAAGCGCUCUACACUAAUA